CGUCUUACAACCGUGAUUACAGACCCGGCUCAAUGAAUCAAGCCAGGAUCCCGAGAAAUGACAAUUGAUUCGGCUUUAUGAUGAUAUAUAUAACAUCGUGGUGGCGGAAGGGGUGUUGUUUAAGUGAGGAUAGAACCCCUUUUUGCAUGGACUCGGGAGAAAUGGAGACAGUUGACACAUAGAAAGCGAGAUCAAACUGCAAAGUACAUUCCAUGCAAACUCAGUUAAGUCUUCCAGUCCUCUUACUCGUGAUUCGACCGUAUAUCCCUCCUCCAAAACAGGGCAGCGAGGGCUAUUGCAGAUGGCUCCCUUCAUGUUCUCAUCAGGCCAGACGGGCUAGCCUUAUGGACCUGAGGACGGCGAGGAGAGUGGGAUGGAACAACAGGCUGGAGGGCCACAGGUUCCUGGAAUAAAACCACCGUUCAAGAUUCCAGCCUAACUUCCCAAUUGUAUGGCCAAAUCCCCAGUUAAGAGGCCCAAAAGUAUAGUUAAGGAGAGUUGGGUGGCCUUUGGUUACGGUAUAGGUGGCGUUGUCAUCACUUUGGGCAUCAUGAUCUGGGUACCCCUUUCUCGAAUCUCCGCUCGAAUCCCAAGUAUUUCCCUUAUCACCCGCUGAACAGAAGCCCACGUGGCGAGGCUGUACCUGUAAACAAUGUGAUCCCCGGCCCUUGACUCUGUGCUUUCCAGUGGCCAUGCGCCAUCUGUGCCGUACCUGAAGGCUCCUGAACGGAAGUAUAUACUGUACGUGUAUAUCAAGU